AUGCCUGGUAGCGAUGUACAGAUCCAAUGCACAACCGGGAUUUGGACCCAUAAACCCGGCCAAGAGUCAGUAAGUGAUUAUUUCCUAUUGCAGGGCUUGCUGUGUCCCAUCCCUCCUAUAGAGAGUCAGCUCACUAACCCAGAGCUGAGCAGCGCCAUCCUUCAGGAGUUCCUCCCAAUUGCACCUUAUAUUGAGCCCCUCAUCAGAGAUACUGCGAAUGGAACGAGCGUGGGAGGAGUCCUUAUGGGCUUCUUGGUACCAGAACUCAUUGCCUAUCUACUGGAGUUCUGUUAUGGCCGCUGGUCCGGCAGAAAGAAGCCAGAAAAGGACAGAGACGAGGGCCCCGCUGGGAGAGAGAGCGAAGGGCCACAAAGUCCUGCUCCAACCCAUGAUAACAUGGAGGAAGAAGCAGGACUUAGUAGCAGAAAAAGCCAAAAGAGGGAGGAGCCUAGAAGCGCUAAGAUGAGGAAGAAGUGGCGCCAGUCUGAGGCUCAUGAACCCCGAGGGUCUCACUCAGAAAAGAGCCCCCAGAAAACAAAGAGCAAUGGAACAAUGACGGGAGAAGAGGAGAAGGAAUUCAAGCAGCUUCUCCAACAGUUCCUCUGCCAAUGCUUGCAAGGAGAAUUCUGAGGAGGAGGUGGAGCCAUAGAGAGAAGUGGGUGGGAGGGAGGAGCUUCUCCAGGCUGUUCCU